AUGAAAACAAUUUUCGAUAUUCUUAUCAAUGGUUUAGUUAAGAAUUUAACUAAUUCAAAAUAUCGAAUAGUUAUGAUUAAUGUAUGUUUAUUUGGAACAUGUUCUCUUUGGCCAUUUGUUUUAGUUUUUCAUAUAACUGAACUUGAACCAAUGUUUAUUCAUAAUUUCGAUUCAUCAAUUAUCAUAAUAACAUUAAUUUGUGCACUUCUAUUUAAUACGUUAACAAUAACAAUUCCAUUUCAAUAUACAUCAUUUGCAAAUGCUGCUUCUUUUAUAGUUGCUAUUCCUUGUAUAACAUUAAUUGAUCGUUAUCUGUUAAAUAUAAAAUAUUCUGCAUUAUUUAUAUUGGCUAUACUAUGUUCAUUAUCAAGUAUUCUUCUUUCAAUGAUACCAAAAACAUGUUUUCAAGCAGGUGAAGCACGUAAAAUGAAGCAAGCAUUGGGUUUAAUUAAUAAAGAUUUAAAUAUAAGUGCUGCUGCUGCUCCUGCUGCUGGCGGUUUAUUAUCUACUGGUGGAACAACGAAUGGAACAUCUUCAACAUUUGAAGAAAUAAAAACUCAACGAAGAAUUCGAAAUGCUCUUUUAUAUAAUGAACUCAAAACAUAA